AUGGAAGCUCAUCAGAAAACGGACUCUCCGCCGAAGGCAGGUUUCUCUACCAUUUUCAACACUCAAACGCCAUUAACACCUGAACAACUUCGCAGAAUUGAAGUACGUCGGAUGAAAGCUAAGGUACUCCGGGAACAAGAAGAUGCCGCAGUGCGAUCUGGUUCGUUGCCUAGCAGCUCGGCCACACCUGGACAGAAACGGCCAUCUUCAGCGAUAUCUCCUCCAAAACCUCGUUCGAGCUCCCGUGAUACAAGAUAUAAUAAAUCAGAUGGACGAUCACUCGAUGAGAUUCGUCCAGCUCGUAACUUUUCUAAGUACGUGGAAUUCGACUUGAGUAAAAUGACGGACACCAAAGGUGGAUUUUUAACGGCGGAGGAUGAUCCCCAUAACAAGGUUUUAUAUUCCGGCGAGAGGGAUGAGAAGCCUACUCAAAUGACAUUCAAAGAAUGGGAGCGAUAUCAACUAUUACGGUCACUACAGCGAGACAAGGCAGGACCCUUCGAACCAGGGCUAAGUGUGCUCAAUACGACAGAGCAGAAAUCAUGUCGAGAGUGCGGCAGCAUAGAGAUCGACUGGAAAUGGGAAGAGACAUUACGCUGCGCCGUUUGCAAUCCCUGCAAGGAGAAGUUCCCUGAGAAAUAUAGUCUACUCACGAAGACGGAAGCCAAAGAAGAUUAUCUAUUGACAGACCAGAGGCCAAACCCCCAUAAAGCAACAUGGAAUAACAUGAUGCUGUACUUGCGAUUCCAAGUCGAGCAGUAUGCGUUCUCCCCGAAGAAGUGGGGAUCACCUGAGGCUUUGGACGCUGAGUUUGAGAAGCGAGGGGCUGCGAAAAAGCGGCAGAGAGAAGCUAAGUUCAAAUCGAAACUGCACGAUCUGAAGAAACGAACUAGGGUUGAAGCGUACCGAAGAAGCCGGCAGGCUGCGGCAGAAGCAGGGUCAGGAGAGCAUUUUGGGGACGAUCUUGGCAGCGGCAAACAUGUACAUCAAUGGAGAAGGCUUGUUGAUAACCCGGAGACGGGUAUAGGGGUAAAGGCAUGCGUUCAUUGUGCAAUGGAGAUUGAAGAACUUGAGUUCUGA